AAAAUGGACUUCUCCACAAUAAUGAACGCGGCCAGUAGAAAUGAGAAAAAAGCGUCACGAGAAGUAGAUAGAAUACGAGAAGAGGUUUCAAACGAGAAAAGUGAAGCACAGCGUCAAUUGGAAGCGGAAAAACGUGCAAGACAGGAAAUGCAACGGAAAAAACUCGAAAAAGAGAAGGAAUUGGCUAAAAAACGAAAGGAACGAGAAGAAGAUGAACGGCGGAAAAAUUUCACAAUUCCAAAACGCAACGAAGGCCCUUCAUCAUCAUCUUCCUCCAAUGUCAAUUCUGCCGCUGUUCGUGCUGUUUUAGAACGACAGAGAGCAGAAAAAGAAGCUAAAGAGAAGAAACUAGACAGCGAAAAGCAAAAGUUGAUGAUGUUGAGAAUGCAAGCGAACGGUGGAAAAGCGACGAAGAAAAUGGGGAAGCAGUUUGGAUUGGAUGUUAUUUCCCUACAAACAAGAUUCGGUGGAAACAACGAGCAUUUAGAAACAUUGCAAAAGAGAAAAUGGAAAGAAGAGGAAGACCAAGAUAUGGAAGCCGAUAGAUACCGAAAUGGAGUUUAUAAAGCAUUAGCUGCCAAACAGAAAAAUGAAGGAGCUCUUCGUGCAACUGUUCAAGGGCCUCAUCGAGUAUCAACUAGCAAGUCUAAUAGUUUAGCUGGUUUGUGCUCCCGGCACGAAAGAACAAGAGACACCUUCUCACCACCAAAGGAUGGCAAGAAAGUGCCAGAACGUCGUGAACCUGUUGUCGAGAAAAAGAAAAUUCAAGCAGCUGCUCCAAUUGACUUUAGAAGUCUUAUGGCUGCAGCAAGCGAUAUUUCAGAAGGAAAAUCAGUUAAUUUAGAUCAUCUCAAGACAAAACCAGCUAAAUCUACAUUAGAUCAACAUCAAAAAACUUCUUCUACUUCGUCUAAUGGAAAUCAAAAAUCCGGACUUUCGUCUUCAGAACGUGAAAAACUACGAGAAAAGGAGAAAUUGAAAGAGAAACAAGAACGACAAAGAGAAGUGGAAAAACUUCGAAUCAAGGAAAAAGAACGAGAAAAGGCUCGAGCUGCAUCAUCUUCCUCCCAAAAAUCUUCGAAACCUUCAUCAUCUAGUCACAAUAAUGGUUCCACCUCAUCAAACGGACAUAGCGCGCCUGCGAAGAAAGAAGUACGAAAGCCAUUUCAAAAAGGACCCACUCCUCCGCCUCUGAUUCCGGUGGCAAUUCCCGGCAAGAAGUAUCUUCCUGGAGAUGUUCGAUAUAAAGAACAGCAAGCAUUAAUGAAAGCAAUUGCUGCAGCACCUGGAAGCUCACGUAAUGCACCGUCUUCUUCGAAUAGUCAGAGUAGUAAGAAUCAUAUUCAAGCUGUCCGGGAAGCAGAGCGCCAACGUGAAAAGGAACGUGAGAAGCAAAAAUCGUUGAAACGCGCUCGAGGAGAUCAAAUGAUGAAGGAAUACGAGAGAGAAAAGAAAAUACAAAAGACAUCUGAAAAGCCGGGACCAUCUUCUUCAUCACACAAACAAUCAUCAUCAUCGAGUUCCAAAAGUAAUGGAGACACCAAACGAAGUUAUGAAGCUCGUCGAAUGGCAGAACUCCGAGAGCAACAAAUGCGAGAAAAGGAACGAAAGAAGAAAAAGGCGAUGAAUAGAGAAAGAGAUUCACGUGGAGGCGGAGGAAGUUUCUACAAAGGUGGUGAUGAUUAUAGUGAUGAAGAAAUGGAUGAGGAUGAGUAUGACGACGAGGAUGACUUCAGUGAUAUGGAUGAUUUCAUUGAUGAUACCGAAAUGAAUAUGGAUGGAAUGUGCCGAAAGGAUUUCGAAGACACUUUGAGAAUGGUCAAUCGGAAAUAUGACACGGAUAAGUGGUCUCGUCGUGAGAAGACGAUAUCAGAACGAGAUAUGCACUCGAACUACCGCCGAAUUCAGUCAGAGGAGAACUUUUCGAAACGUGCAGGAUUUAUGGAAGAUAUCAAAGAAGCUUCCAAAGGACGUUCUGUUAAAUUGUAGAUUUUCGCUUUCAAUAGUAUUUUUCUAGUUUGCUUCCUUUUUUCUUGAAAUUUUCUCCAUUAUUUAUUUAUUUAUUUGUUUUCUAAGUCAACCUUCUCACCCCAUUUCCCGUCUUUUUUCGAGUUUGUGAUACAUCCUUCAUAAUUCCGCUGCUCAUACACACACAUUCAAUAUCAUUGCAUUUCCAUGUUUUAUCCGAAUUCGUGUUUAUCACCACAUUUCUAUUUCCGUCUCCUUCCCUUUUUUGUCUUUUUGAAUCAUAUCGUGUUCGAUAUUUGUUUUCUUCAUUCUUGGUAAAAUAGCUUUUAAUUUAUUUUAUGGUUUAAUAAAGCAAAAAUUAU